CGAAUGACAACAAAAGAGACCGAUAGAAGUUCGCGCGCGCGAGAGUGCGAGCCGAGGCCGGAGAGCGCGAGCCCGAGUCUUUUCCGCACGCGAGUGUGUUACCCCCGCGCGCAGCGCCCGUGGAGGCCCCCGUGCGCGUACGACACACGUCCCAGCCGCCGCCGCUGCCGCCGCCGUCGCCGCGGCCGCUUUUUUUUCCGUUUACCCCCCCGUGCGUAGCGCCGCCGCCGAGUAACGUCGCUUAACGCCUGGCUGGUGGUGAAAGGUGCACACGUUGAGGAAUAUGAAGAGGAGAAAUGUCGAGUGCGGUAAGCUUCGGAGGCCCUUGAAACGCAACAAGCUCACCGAGGGGAUCUACGGAAGUACCUUGCUUUAUCUGAAGUUUCUUCUACUAUGGGCCAUGGUGAUCCUGGCAGACUUCAUUUUGGAAUUCCGUUUUGAAUUUCUGUGGCCGUUCUGGCUGCUCCUCCGAAGCGUUUACGAUUCCUUUAAGUAUCAAGGCUUGGUCUUCUCUGUAUUUUUCAUUUGUAUUGCACUCACGUCCGACAUGAUUUGCUUCUUUUUCAUCCCCGUGCAUUGGCUGUUUUUCGCUGCCAGCACUUACGUUUGGGUGCAAUACGUCUGGCACACAGAUAAGGGAGUGUGUCUACCAACUGUGAUGCUGUGGCUACUAUUUCUAUAUAUAGAAGCAGCAGUGCGAUUGCGUGACUUACGUCAUAUGCCAUUUCACCUAGACCUCUGUCGGCCGUUUGCAGCACAUUGCAUUGGCUAUCCUGUAGUUACAUUGGGCUUUGGUUUCAAGAGCUAUGUAGGCUACAGAAUGAGGCAGAGAAAACAGAAAGACGUGGCAAAGGAGAACGAGUUCUAUCUACAAUUACUGCAGCAAGCACUGCCUCUAGAGCAACAAGCUAUGUCGAUGCAGCAAAUCCAACCGCAGGUGCAGCCACAGACGCAACAGGUCACUGCGUCGUUGGAACAACACGUGAAAACGCAAGCACACAAAUUGAGUCCACAGUAUAACCCGAGCCCUGAAAAAAGCAGAGGUAAGGGCAAUAACAAUUCCAUAGAAACGAACGUACAAAAUGGCGGAGUACACAACAGUAGCCAGGUGACAUCACAGACACAGAGUGCUACUACCAAAAGUACUCAUAGAAAAUCCUUAGACAAGAGUGAAAAGCAGGAAGAGCAGCAUAAUAAACACAACGUAUCAAAUAACUCACCAUCGGACAAAAGCGACAAGCGAUUUAUACACAGUAACGGGAGUACAGUUUCGCACAGUGACAUACAACUCAUCGAGAGGGUGGGAUCUGUAAAUGAUUUUGACGUAAACGAGGUAGAAAAGGACAAGUCUAUCAAGGGUUGCGGGAACACCACGAUAAAAGCACAAACGAAUGGUUCGGUAACUGGUAAAUGGAAUAACGUCAAGGAGAGUCGGGAUUCAUCGUCGACCACCAAUGCCCAACGGGAACGUAAGACUCGUCAGGUUAAAAACACGAGCGACCCCACGGCAGAGCAACAGAAACAGCAAGAAGAUUAUUAUCAAAGGUUACUGGUGUGUCGCAGGCUCGAGGCGGACAUAAAACGUUUGAAAUCAGAUUUGCAGUCAAGUCGGCAAUUGGAACAAGAAUUACGAUCACAAGUUAAUGUCUUGCUCAACGGAGAGCGGCAAGCCAAGGGCGACAUUCAACAACUCCAACAUGAUAACGAUCAGUUGCAAAGCAAAUUACAUGGUCUAGUGACGGCGCGUCAACUGGAUAAGCAAACAAUGACAUCGUUGGAAAAGCGAAUUGCGGAAGAGCGAAAACAACGUACCGCGUGCGAAGCGUCCUUGCUCUCUGAACGAAGGGCACGACGAGCCGCCGAAGAGGCACGCUCCGCGAUUCCACCGCCGCCACCUCCGCUUAUUAGACAAGAGUGUACUGACGUAUGUAAAAGUCGAAGAUCUCAAAUGGAACAGGAUCUUAAAAAUCUGCGCCGAGAACUCAAACUGAAGGAAGAAAGAUGUAAUGCAUUGGAAAACGAUGCUGCGCGUUGUAAAGAGACUCACAGAGAGUGCGAAAUUCUACUCCCUGCACUCAAUGCGUUGCAAGACAAAAAUGCACAUUUGGAAAACAGCUUGAGCGCGGAAACACGUAUAAAACUGGAUCUCUUUUCGGCACUCGGCGAAGUCAAGCGGCAACUAGAAAUUCGAGAAAGCUUAAUCAGAACUCAAGAGAAAGAAAUUGAGAUGUUGAAAACAAAAAUAGCGCAAGAUUUAGCUGUGAUGCCACAAGACACAUUUGGUCCAGCGCCAACCUGUGCGACGUCCAAGCUUCGUUUAAAUAGUGAAGUGAGAGUAGCAGGAACAAAAAUACGUUCGAAUGAAAGUCCCUGUCCGGGGUGUACCGUGUCGAAUUUGGAUCCGAAUGCGACAGCGUACACGCCUAAAAGUUCCCUUGUAGCGUCGACUGAAGCUUAAGGAACUGCACUUCUCUCAUCAGAACCCGAUAGUAGGAUACAUCAACUACAAAAGAAUGUUUCAAGUUUCUCCGUGGAAAUAUUAAUAUUCAGUUCACAAGUACGCCAAAAUAUGGAUUUAUCGGUAUCAGCUGCGGUUCUUUUCUGGUUCAUUUCCAUCUUUAAGACGAGACAUAUUUUUAUUGUAUACGGAUCUCCUCCCCCAUUGUAAAAGAAGCCUGGAAGUCUUCCAUGAGAAACUUGGCGAAACAUGUUUUGUAUCGUGUCUUGUUUCAAAAAGGAAUGGAACCGUUGACAUUACUUAUGAUCACACGACACGGCACUGGUUUCUAGAAUGUCAAAGAAAGCCAGUGACAGUCUUAAUUUGUAACAUUUAUGCUGCAGGUUGAUCUUACGGAUAUAUAUAGUAUAACAAUUUGUGAACAAAACCAGUGAAACGUAACUAUUUCUUUACACAUACAUAAAUAUCGAUAAUAAUGCCUAACAAUUUAAAAAAAUCAUAUCUGACUGUUAGUUUAUGUAUAAAAUAUGUUUUAUAUUUUAUAAGAAUAACUCGGAAACUAUCUUAUAUAUACACAUUUGUAUAUAUCAUAUGCUUAACGUUAUGAUAUAGAUUUUUUUUAUACGUGUACGUUUUUGAUUACCUCUGAUUUAUGCGUUAGUAAUUCAGAUCGAUCUUUAUGUAGCAAGAAAAUAAUGACAAAUAUCUUAUAGCGAAGUCACGAUGAAAGAGAAGCUGAAAGAGUUAUAAUAUCCGUAUUACGGUCUUCCUGCAGUAUAUGCCUAAACAUGCGAUGAUGACUUGUCGAGGAUACAUUCUUAUUCAAGUCGUAUAACACUGAAGCUAGUCCAUCAUACAAACUAUUUAAAUAUCAUUGGCGUGUCGAGCCAUUUUAUGUUAUGCGAUCAUCAUGCAGAAAUAGCCAUUGACAACAUAGAAAUAUGAGCAUCAUUCAAGAAGGAUCAAAGUAAAUGUCACGACGCCAAAUUUGUUUUAGGUAAUCCGUACGAUGAUACUCUCACAUACACACAUGCGCGUAUUUCUGUGCUUUUAAAUUUUUCAUGUUUUUAUUAGUUUAAGAAUUUCGUUUUAUGUGUAUUGGCUUUCAAAACGGUAUAAAGGGUGGCCAUUGCAUUUUUCGUUUGAGUAAAAGUAAUAUAUAAAUUUCGAUUUGAUAAGGACGAUUGAUUCGUAAAAUUUGUUAAAGGUAAAAAGAUGUUAUGGCUAACUUGAUCUAAAUUAAAAAAAUAAGAGUUCAAAUGCAAAUUAAUAAUUUUAUGACGAGUACAAAGAUAGAAAAAG